GUCUUCUUCGAGCACAAACCCUGCUCCUCUCAUUCAACCUCGCCAUCCCCGUUACGCACACAGCAGACCUACCUCCUGCUCGUUCCUUGUCCGCGUCCUUCUCUGUUCUGUAUCUGGAGAAAUCUCGGGUUCGGUAGAAAAUGUCGGACUACAUCGAUCAAUCUUCGUCACUGACUGUCCCCACCGUCACUUCUGACGUUGUUGCUGAAGAGUUCAACCAUCUGGCAAUCGAUGUCGAACGUCCAGAUCUGAACAAGAACGAUGCGGACGAUCAGGUUCUGGAUUCGUCCAUCUCCAAUUGCCUGAGCAUUGUCUCUGCUGAUCAAUCUGGAUCUGCUUCUUUGCUGUUCGAUGGCAGCAAGCUGAUGGAACUCAGCGAGGGAGACACCGUCUACCGCUUUAUCAAGCAGACAUUCGUCUCAAAACUAGGUGACCUUGGGGCGCAAGUUACUGUGGUGGCGAUCCACCAGAAUGACUACUCCAGCUCCUCGGCGAAAGCACGGGCCGUGGCUUUUCAACUUUACUCAGAGGCAGUGCAGAAGAAAGGCGGCAGCAACACCGCCAACGUGAGCUACGCAUGGUGUGCGACCUCAAAGGAGGAAGUCCCAAAGAUCUUCUCCUGUGGGUUCAACUUUAGUGAGAAGCAUGAGAACAAUGGCUUCUUUGGUUGUGGAGUUUAUUUUGCUCCACUUAAUCAUCCUCUUGAAAGCAUUGUGACUGCUCCCGUUGAUAAUGAUGGCCUACGACAUAUGUUGCUUUGCCGUGUCAUACUGGGGAAAUCAGAGCUUGUUAGUCAUGGCUCAGAACAAUCUCUCCCUAGUUCAGAACAGUACGAUUCGGGCAUCGAUGACUUAUCAUCUCCAAGAAGAUACAUAAUUUGGAGCACCCACAUGAACACUCAUGUGUUGCCGGAGAUUGUUGUCAGCUUUAGAGCCCCUUGUUUCUCAAGAGGGUCACUGAGAACUCCGAAGAAAUGGAAUCCAAACUCCCCUUACAUCCCGUUUCGGUUUUUCAUGAAGGAAUUCUCGAAAACCUUCCCUCCAUCUGACAUUGAUUUGGUCUCAAAGUAUUAUAAAGCUUACAAAGAGAGAAGGAUGUCAAAGCAGCUGCUAGUACGAAUAGUCAGGAAAAUCACUGGUGAUAGGUGGCUAAUUGGAAUCAUCAACAGUUUCCGAGCUAAGUAUUAUCGGGCGUGAAGCGGGUGAUCGUGGGACCAGGGACGGACUUGAAUAAGAUUUGGAUGCGGGACGUAUGAACAAGAUAGUUUUUCCAUUUUGAUGAGUUCAGAACACACAGCGGCACGAGCAAAUGGUACAAGGAGGAGGCCCAUCCGGAUUGGACGCUGACGCAGCUGCUGACUCUUAUAUUGGAAAAAAGACUUGGAAUUUCUAAUUUUCUAUGAUUUGAACAUUUGUGCUUUUUUAUAAUCAUAAACAGCGGUCUUCUCUUG